GCUCUCCUCCAGACCUCCGGCAGACCGGAGCAGAGGCGGACGGAGAAACCGGCGUGUCGGCGUCUGUAUCCCCGCUGGAAAAACUUCUCGGACUGGGAAACCUUUCACUACUUUGUUUUUUUCUUUUUCUGUGUUUAAAUCUUUGACACAAAUGAAGCGAGAAAAGAAAAGAAACGUAGUAGUAGUAGCAGAAGAAGGAGAAGAAGUGGCACCGGGCUCUCCAUCGGCUCUUCCUCACCUUUCCCUCACUUCGCACCGACCCUGAGCGUCUGGGCUUCCAGGCAACCGGAGAUGAACAGCUGCCAAUGAGCGAAUGCUACUAUUAAGUACCGGCCAUGGCUGCCCAUCGAAUCAUCAGAGUGACUAACAACAACCACAUCCUCCCUCGCUGUAAGUCUGAGGGAACCCUCAUCGACCUAAGUGAAGGGGUCACCGGAGCCAGUCUCAACGAUGUCAAAGUGCCUUCCCCCAGUGCCUUAAGGCUAGACACUUCAGCCUCUUAUGGAGCUGCACAAGAAGUUGUUGCCAUAAAGGAUUAUUGCCCCAGCAGCUUCACCACGCUGAAAUUCUCCAAAGGUGAUCGCCUCUAUGUGCUGGACACAUCAGGUGGAGAGUGGUGGUAUGCCCACAACAACACGGAAAUGGGCUACAUCCCGGCCGCCUACGUCCAGCCAGUCAGCUUCAGGAACUCUUCGCUUAGCGACAGUGGAAUGAUUGACAGUCUUGGGGAAGGAUACGAGGACGGGUCAAAGGAAUUUGGAGGUUUAGGGGAGUGGACGGGAAUGACCUUUAAGCCCUCCUCAAUUUACAACAACAGCCCAUUUGCUGUGAACCCCUUUAUGUGUCCGUUAGAUCAAAAUUGCAAAGAUGUGGGUGGAAGGAAUUCAGCAGACCUUAUCCUGUUUGAUGCACUGGCGUCUCCAUCAUCUUGCUCCAAUUUUAACACUAGUACAAUCAUGUCCAAUGGGUUCAGCAGCUGCCACAUUAACAAUACCACACCUACUAGCCCAACCCAAGACGUUGUACCUAAUCUCCACAGGGAUAACCCGUUUUUCAGGAGUAAACGUUCCCACAGUCUCUCAGAACUGUCAGUCCUGCAGGCACAGUCGAAUCCAACCUUACCGUCUUCGGGAUUCUUCACUGGUCUCAAGGCUCCUUCACCUGAGCAAUUUCAGAGCAGGGAGGACUUCAGGACUGCUUGGUUGAACCACAGAAAACUUGCCAGGUCUUGCCAUGACCUCGACUCCCUCGGACAGAGUCCUGGAUGGGGCCAGACGCAGCCCGUGGAAACCAACAUAGUUUGUAGGUUGGACAGUAACGGAGGAGUUGUUCAGCUCCCGGACACCCACAUCAGUGCACACAUCCCCGAAGGCCAUGUCAGCAAUGGAGACUACCAACAGAUCUCCAUGAAAGCCUUAUUAGACCCUCCUCUGGAGCUUAACAGUGACCGUUGCUCCACCGUCAGCCCAAUAGUGGAGAUCAAGCUCAGCAACAUGGAGACCAAGUCCUUUAUCACAUUAGAGAUGAAGGUAUUGGUAACUGUCAAGAAGGAGAGUUGUCACAGUGCAGAGGUGCUUUGUGUUCGAAGCGACUGCAAAGAAGGGCCUUACACACCUAUCCCGAAUGCUUACAUUUAUAAGGAUACAGUCCAGGUGCAGUUGGAUAGUCUAGAGCCUUGUAUGUAUGUGGCUGUUGUGGUUCAGUCACAAUACGUCAGUCACAAUACAACUGUUUGGGACCACGUGCAGAGGAAAGUAACUUUGGGUGUCUACGGACCCAAGCACAUCCACCCUUCCUUUAAGACAGUUGUGGCCAUGUUUGGACAUGAUUGUGCCCCCAAGACGUUGUUGGUAAGCGAGGUGGGCCGGCAGGCUAGCUCCACUCCGCCAGUGGCCCUCCAGCUGUGGGGGAAGCACCAGUUCAUGCUGGGGUUUCCUCAAGACCUCCAAGUAGGAUUGUACUCCAACAUGUCCAACUACCAGGUGAAGACAAACGAGAGUGCAGGGGUGAUUCGGGGAUUUCAGGUCAAACUGGGUAAAGUCAGCAGGCUGCUGUACAUGAUCACAUCACACGACCCCAACAACAUCUCAGACUUCACUCUCAGGGUCCAAGUCAAGGAUGCCCUCGACUGUAUCCUCACCCAGUUUUGUGUCCAAACUCCACAGCCGCCACCAAAAACCGGAUCGAGAAUAACCGGCCAGAGGAGGUUUCUGAAAAAGAAAGAGGUGGAUAAGAUUGUGCUCUCGCCACUGGCUGUCACUUCCAAAUACCCAAAGUUUCAGGACCGAUGCAUUACCAACCUUAAAUUUGGCAAGUUGAUCAAAACAGUGAUUAGGCAGCACAAGAGCACAUAUCUGUUGGAGUACAAGAAGGGGGAUGUAAUUGCUUUGCUCAGUGAGGAAAAAAUCAAACUGCGAGGACAACUGCGGACCAAAGAGUGGUACAUUGGAUACUAUCAAGGAAAGAUAGGCCUUGUCCAUGCCAAGAACGUUUUAGUUCUGGGUAAAGUCAAGCCCAUUUAUUGGUGUGGGCCAGACUUAACAACAACAAUGCUGCUGGAGCAAAUCCUGAAGCCUUGCAAAUUUCUUACAUACAUCUACGCAACUGUGAGAACAGUUUUAAUGGAAAAUGUGGGCAACUGGAGGGCAUUUGCAGAUGCCCUGGGGUACGGGAAUUUGCCUCUGAAUUAUUUUUGCCGGACUGAGCUGGACAAUGAGCCAGAAAGGGUGGCGUCUGUUCUGGAGAAACUCAAAGAGGAGAGUACAAACAUGGAGAACAAGGAGAGGAAGUCCUUCCAGAGGGAACUCAUGAUGGCGUUGUUGAAGAUGGACUGCCAGGGUCUGGUUGCCAGACUGGUCCUGGAUUUCGUCUUGUUGACCACGGCGGUGGAGGUGGCGUCCCGGUGGAGGGAGCUGGCCGAGAAACUUGCUCGAGUGUCCAGACAGCAGAUGGAGGCUUACGAGGCUCCGCACCGUGACAAGAACGGCCUGUUGGACAAUGAGUGCAUGUGGAAGCCAGCCUAUGACUUCCUCCUGACCUGGGCCGCCCAUGUGGGGGACAGCUACCGAGACGUAAUUCAGGAGCUUCACCUCGGCCUGGAUAAGAUGAGGAACCCCAUCACCAAGAGGUGGAAGCACCUGACCGGCACCCUAAUCCUUGUCAAUUGCCUCGAUACCCUCCGCAGCUCCGCCUUCUGCCCCACCGGAUAUGGAGAUUUCGCUGUGUGAAUAUUUUCACCACCUGGACAACGAUUUUUUAAAAAGUCUGUGAGGGUUGAGUCAUGGUGGGAGUUACUGGAAGUCGGUACUUCUUGAUCAUAAGAUUCGUCUGUGGAGUUUCGUUGAUCCCGGUGAACAUUGUUUUUGUCGUGGACGGUUGGACAGGACACAAAGUUUGGGAUGUGAUCAAACCUUUGACUGUCUAGUUCAAGGUGUUUAAGGUUUUCUUCAGCCUUCCAAUCUUCAGGUCAGAUAUGUACUUCGAGGUCUCUUGUCUUGAGUCUUGGAUCAGUAUCAUGGCAGCACAGAUUGGAUCUGUAGAGAUGCCAUUUGACGAUUUCUGUCAGUGAAACUGGAGGAUCUGCCUCUUGUUAUGUCUGUCCUGUCCUUUGUCUCUUUAGACAAUCUGUGUUUUGGUAUUUGACACUCUCACGUUUUCUCUUCCUAUCUCAUACUUUUCUCUUUUGAUUCUGCUCUAAUUAAUUACAGUUGGUUUGAUUUGUUCCUUCUGUUACCACCACAUCUCCCUCAGGACAACAUCAGAGACCUCAACCACUGCAGUUCAUAACCACACAUACUGUGACCUUGGACCUUUGCACCAUUUGAAAGCAGAUUUGACCCCAAUCCUCGACUGACUGUGCUCACAAAGCCAAAUUUUAAACAUCAACAACCUUUCCCUUCAUUGUUGUCCAGCUGUUGUUAUCCUUUCACUGCCUCUCUCUUUUGAAAAAGAAGGCAGAGCUCAUGUUUUGAAACCCGUGUUCACUUAAAAUGAAUCAGAAAUUGUUUCAUACGUUCAAACAUUAAGAUUCGUCAGUCAUUAGCUUGCCAAAAACGGUUAGCCCAGUGCUAACUUUACAUGCGACUCAGUGCAGUCCAUGCAGUAAAGGUACAUCUGUUUACGCAAGAUAUACUUCUAUUUUUUUAUACUUGCAAUACAGAUGAUGUGUUAUCGACAGUGUAUUCUUGUGUACGAUGCUUGGUUUGGAUUUCUCUUGUGUGUCAUCUCCAUCGUGUUUCAGCCGGUGUAACGAUGCUAUGGUCUGCUGUCAAUUUCAAAAUGUUGCACUUUUCUUGCAUUUGUUGCAAGGGCAUCUAAUAUUUUGAUUUAAAACUGUUGCACACACAAAUUGCAUAAAUAAAGAUGCAACUAAAAUGUAUUUCAGAAUAAUAAACGUUAAAUAUUUGUGCACACUACCAUGAUGAUCGGAUGACUUUAUCAGAAUUGAAACAUUACUCCAGCUAAAGGGGCUGUUACAUCACAUUUUCUUUGAAUUAUUAUUUUUUUUAAAUCUUUGACAGCGUGCAGCAUAACUAUAAUUAUUUUGUGUUUUUUUUAUUUUUAUUAAAGACACAUCAGCUGUUACAGUCCACCACAGUUUACUGCUUAAAUGAAAUGUGAUUUUAAACUGUGAAAACCUAAAUAUCAGAAAAUAUUUAUAGCUUUUGUUAAAUUUGUAUUUAAAGAAGCCUUUGUGUCUGAUUUUGUGAUCUCAGCACUUAUAAUCAGCUUUGAUGCUUUAAUUGUUCAUUUCUACGUCUUUCACUCUGUGGUUUUUCUUGUUUCUUUUCAAUAUGUUUUGUGACUGCUGCAGUGUUCCCGUAUCUGUUUUGGAAGAUGAACACACUCUGAACAGAAAAUGUGUGAGGAGUUUAUAUAUUUGUACUGAACGCCGAUUGAGUAUUGACACGUUCUUGAGUGAUGUCGUAUCACGUAUGACGGGCCACAGAUUUGAAAUUCUGUUCAGUGUUUCUGUUCAGAAAUCUUCAAUAAAACUGAACGUUGAA